GGUGGUGAGGUGGGUUCUGGCCCAGUAAACCUCACUGAAACAUUUCAGGUGCGGCGCAACCUCCCUUCUUGAUUUGGCUACGAACGGAGUAAUGUAACUAUCGUGUUUGGUCCCGUCACGUUAACUCACUGCUGACAAGAAACCUGUGAUAGCCACAGCAGAAGCAGCAACGGCUUUUCUGCGUUUGAAGCUUUGCACAAGGGGAGGAGGCUGAAACUGUGAAGCUUAGACUGUGCCACACGCCAGCUCAGAAAGAAGACGGCAAUGCUUUCGAGAGGGGCCCUGCAAGAAACCGAUCACUUCCACCUGUAAUCAAAACAGCUCCUGCUGGUCUGGAGUUCAGAUUCCCACCCUCUCCUGUUCCCCUCCCUUGGAGAUGAACCAGAGGCUCGAUCUUUCCUCCUCCUUGCCUGAAAUCUCCAUCAGCAAUGAUACUAUAGCCAGAUCCGACCACCAAAGAGAGAAGGAGAUUUUUCCCUUUAAAGCUAGGCUUCUAUUGCAACUGAACUAGGAUUCAUCCUUUAUUUUUUUUUAAAUUGGAUCAACUGUGGGCUUUUAGGUUUCAUUUGACAUUUUGAAACAUCAUUAUUGUUUCCAUUUGUUGUCAUAGCUGCUGCUGCUGUUGGUUUUCUUGGAUAAAAAUUGGAUUUAUAAAAAAAUAUUGGUUCUUGUUCAAGUCUGCCAAUGGCUUUUUUGAUGAAGAAGAAGAAGUUCAAAUUUCAAACCAGCUUCACUCUGGAGGAGCUGACUGCUGUCCCUUUCGUGAAUGGCGUUCUGUUCUGCAAAAUUAGAUUGCUGGAUGGAGGAGAUUUUGCAACUCUGUCUUCGAGAGAAGAGGUUCAGGAAAACUGUGUGCGCUGGAAGAAGAAAUUCACCUUUGUCUGCAAAAUGAGCGCCAACCCUGCCACUGGUCUCCUAGAUCCCUGUAUCUGCCGUGUGUCUGUCCGCAAGGAGCUGAAAGGUGGAAAAACCUAUUCCAAGCUUGGUUUUGCUGAUCUAAAUCUGGCGGAAUUUGCCGGCUCGGGGUUCACUGUCCGAUGUUGCUUGCUGGAAGGUUACGAUACGAAGAAUACACGGCAGGAUAAUUCCAUCUUGAAGGUGAUGAUUGGAAUGUCCCUGCUCUCUGGAGACCCCUGCUUUAAAACACCCCCAUCCACAGCCAAAUCAAUCACCAUCCCAGGGCAGGACUCCACUCUGCAGUUGACCUGUAAAGGUGAAGGUACAAGCAGCAGCAACAGCACACCUGCCACAAUUGGCUCCAUCCGUCAGAAUAAGUCCAGGCCCACUGUCCUCGGCUCAGGUGUCCCAGAGGAACCGGACCAGAACCUGUCCAGUCCAGAGGAAGUAUUCCACUCAGGGCAUUCGCGGAACUCCAGUUAUGCCAGCCAGCAAUCCAAGAUCUCCGGCUAUAGUACUGAGCACUCACGAUCCUCCAGCUUGUCUGACCUGACCCACCGGCGGAAUACCUCCACCAGCAGCAGUGCCUCUGGAGGGCUCAGCAUGACUGUCGAGUGCCCCGAGGGCGAGCGAGAACACAAGAUGGAGAAACCCCCUCGCCCGCCAAGACCAAACCUCCUAUUAGAUAGAUCGUCCAGGAGGAAAAAGGAUUCUGUGGAGAGUCAUCCCACCUGGGUGGACGACACCAGGAUCGACGCUGACGACAUAGUGGAGAAAAUCAUGCAGAGUCAAGACUUCACAGAUGUCAGCAACACAGAAGAUAGCAACCUGAGGCUGUUUGUGAGCAGAGACGGCACAACCACGCUGAGCGGGAUUCAGCUUGCAAACAGGGUCUCAUCUGGAGUUUACGAGCCAGUGGUAAUCGAAACCCAUUAAAUGUGAAACGGCCGGGGCGGACCUGCUGGAAAUGGUCCCCAACCAUGCUCACGUCGGAUGCCAAUGCCUCCUCUUCGACUUUUUCUCUUCACUCGACAUUCCAGGCGGGAGUCCUGAGGCCUCUUCCUUGCCAUGUGCACUACAGA